AUGAGUAAUAAGAUCGAGAAGAUCAUUGUGCGUUUGCAAGAGAAAAUCGGGGCAGGAGAAUUCUAUGAAGCACAACAACAGACCCGCGUCGUCGCAGCGCGUUACAUUAAACAGGAGAACUGGCCGGCUGCGAUAGACAUUUUGUUCAACAGCGCAUCGGCGCUUCUAAAGGCCGGGCAGGGAGGAAGUGGUGGUGAUUUGGGGCUCUUCUUAAUCGAUGUCUAUAGACAGGCUGAGCUGAAGCCCGAUUCAAGCAAUAAAGGAAAGCUCUUGACCUUACUACGACAAUUUGGUCCGGGGGAGCCGACGAGGAAGAAAUUCGUUGGAGAGAUGAUCGGAUGGUCCUCGAAAUUCGGCGAAUACCCCGCUGGCGAACCAGAUUUACACCAUGUAGCAGGUUCCUUGUAUGCUGAGGAGUUGGAGGCUUACGAAGCUGAGAGACAUCUCACAUAUGGCACCAAAGACUCGCCGGAGGUAUUUGUGGAUUUGGAGUAUGAGUGGUAUAAACAGGACGAUUCUCAUACGGCCGCGCUUUACGCCGCUCGAGCAGUAUUUCCAUAUCUUAUGGCAGGAAACGUCCGAGAUGCUUCGAAAUCAUUGCGACUUUUUACAAGCAGACUGACUGCAGACAAUAAAAGUUUAUCUGUACAGGAUGUCAGCAGUAGUAGCUUGGAUAUGAGGAUUUAUCCAAGUCUGCCAUUGCUGAAUUUCCUGGGUUUGCUCUUGUUUGCCGUGCAGAAAGGGGCUGCAGACUUAUUCAAGCAGCUGAAAACGAAGUACUCUGCCCAUAUCAAGGAGGUAGGAAUUUGGGACGAUGCCUUGGUUGCCAUAGGAGAAAUGUACUUUGGUAUUCAAAGACCUCGACAGGGCAAUCCCCUUUUAGAUAUGAUGGGAAGCAUGUUCGGUGGUGGCGGGGGAGCUCCAGGAAAACCAGCACCUAGACGCGUAGGAGCUGCAGCACCAGCACCAGUAGCAGAAGGAUUAGAUUAA